GAUAAAACAAGUUUAAUGGUCUUUGAGCAAGUAUUCUUCCUUUUCUUCUUUUUUUUUUUUCACAAAAUAUCUCUAGAUUGAAUCUUGGAAUUGACUUAAGUCUCUUGUGGCAAUUUUGAAAUGAAAAAAUACAUAAAUACAUGCUCAUAAUUAAAUUACCUGAACAUUUUAAAAAACCAUCAUGAGGUUCAAAUAUCAAAUAUUCAUAAAUAUUGUUGUGAUGAUAGACAUGACUCUUAUUUUUUCCCUUAAUAAUGAUUGAAUGUUUAUAUAUCCUCCAUUCUGUCUCACUCUAUGAUUAGUACAUUAUAGUGGCAAUAAUCUUAGGAAUCUAACAGAGAAAAAUGUUGCAUUUGAAGACUACAGACGGCAAACCAAUUUGAGCCAGGUUACUUGACAUGUCGUGCUAUUAUUAUAGUACUUUACAUAUAGUAAACAUUAAUUACAUAUAUGUGUAAGGAAGCAAGAAAAGAAGAAAGUAUUUCAUUCAAACUCCUCUCUCUCCAUCACCAUUGGCUGAUAUCAUCAUUUGUAUAGUUAAGAACAACACAGGCACUCACCACAUAGUUUUUGAAUAAAUGAAUGAAUGGCAACCCUUCUAAGACUAUUGGAUACACUAUUGUUUGAAGGCAAAGAGAUAGAGUAGAUAUCUUCAACUUUUUUCCUGUCUUAUGAUUCUGUGGUUUCUAUGACUACUAAAAGUUAGCUAGGUAGAAAAUUUGUUUUAAAGUCUGAAAACCAAAAUGCUUUCAGAUAAAAGGCAGGGAGAAAAAUAGUCUUCAACAUGUCCACUUUAGCACCAGGAAAACCUAAUAUCAAUAUCACUAUCAAUGAUAUCAUAUAAACAUCAUUACAUUGAUGAGCAAUGUCAAUCCCUAAAAACUAUGUAUACUAAUAGCACUAACUUGUGGCCAGAACAAGAACCUUAACUGUGCCAAAUUUUAUUCUAUUCAAUAGCAGCUGCCUCGUUUUCAGUUGUGCACAUCUGAAUGCAAGCAAUCCCUGUCUGAUGUGGAGUUUCUUGCACUCAUAAGGAAAAACUGCUGAAGUUGUGAGGCUGCUCCAGGCAGAGUCAUCAUGUGAGUCAUAUGAAAGCUCCACACUGCUGACCUCUGGCAAAAAGGGAGAGAACAAGGAUAGGAGAGGCAGUGGGGGAAAGGUUCAAGUGCGGGUUUUCUCCUUGAACCUAGAAGAUUAUGGGUCAAGAGCUGUGUGCAAAGACUGUACAGCCUGGAUGCAGCUGCUAUCGUUGUUCAGAGGGAGGCGAGGCACACAGCUGUCGGAGGAGUCAGCCUGAGACCAUGGAGGCUGCGUUCAAGCUAACAGACCUAAAAGAAGCAUCAUGUUCCAUGACUUCAUUUCACCCCAGGGGACGUCAGGAUGUCCGUGCCCAGAAGUUCAAGAGUAAAAGGCCACGGAGUAACAGUGAUUCUUUUCAGGAAGAGGAUCUGAGGCAGAGUUUUCAGUGGGUGAGUGAGCAGCUGAUGUUGAUCAAGAAGAAUUUAAUGUGUGCUUGUCUAGGGAGGCCGGCCCUUAUGUCCAGGGCAAUUACUGAGCGAGCCUUCCCAAGUCUGCUCUGGAAAUGCUGUCUAAUUUCCCUGGAGAAAAAAGUCAACACUAAAAAAAAGUGCUCUUUCUCUCUUGCCUUUCACCCACUCCUUUUCCCCAUUCCCCUAAAGCAGAGGAAGAGCCUCCCUUUUGGAGCAGCCUCAUCUUACUUGAACUUGGAGAAGCUGGGUGAAGGCUCUUAUGCUACAGUUUACAAGGGGAUUAGCAGAAUAAAUGGACAACUAGUGGCUUUAAAAGUCAUCAGCAUGAAUGCAGAAGAAGGAGUCCCAUUUACAGCUAUCCGAGAAGCUUCUCUCCUGAAGGGUUUAAAACAUGCCAAUAUUGUGCUUCUGCAUGACAUAAUCCACACCAAAGAGACACUGACAUUCGUUUUUGAAUACAUGCACACAGACCUGGCCCAGUAUAUGUCUCAGCAUCCAGGAGGGCUUCAUCCUCACAAUGUCAGACUUUUCAUGUUUCAACUUUUGCGGGGCCUGGCGUACAUCCACCACCAACACGUUCUUCACAGGGACCUGAAACCUCAGAACUUACUCAUCAGUCACCUGGGAGAGCUCAAACUGGCUGAUUUUGGUCUUGCUCGGGCCAAGUCCAUUCCCAGCCAGACAUACUCUUCAGAAGUCGUGACCCUCUGGUACCGGCCCCCCGAUGCUUUGCUGGGAGCCACUGAAUAUUCCUCUGAGCUGGACAUAUGGGGUGCAGGCUGCAUCUUUAUUGAAAUGUUCCAGGGUCAACCUUUGUUUCCUGGGGUUUCCAACAUCCUUGAACAGCUGGAGAAAAUCUGGGAGGUGCUGGGAGUUCCUACAGAGGAUACUUGGCCGGGAGUCUCCAAGCUACCUAACUAUAAUCCAGAAUGGUUCCCGCUACCUACGCCUCGAAGCCUUCACGUUGUCUGGAACAGGCUGGGCAGGGUUCCUGAAGCUGAAGCCCUGGCCUCCCAGAUGCUGAAAGGCUUCCCCAGAGACCGCGUCUCCGCCCAGGAAGCACUCGCUCACGAUUAUUUCAGCGCCCUGCCAUCUCAGCUGUACCAGCUUCCCGAUGAGGAGUCUUUGUUUACAGUUUCAGGAGUGAGGCUCAAGCCAGAAAUGUGUGACCUUUUGGCCUCCUACCAGAAAGGUCACCACCCAGCCUAGUUUAGCAAACGCUGAUGAAAAGAAAGGGCGAGAUCACCAAGGUUCUUCCAGGUAAGUGAUUGCAACAGUGAGGUUCCUUAUGGACAAAAUUGAAAUGCAAUUGGUGCCAAGUGGAGAGGACAUUGCUCAGGGAUUCAGAGCACCUCUGUGCUGUUUCUAGUUCUUCCUCGCCAACUCUAGGACAGGUGGCCUUGCUUCUUCAGGCCUCCAUUGCCUGGGCUGGGCAAAGAGAAUAAUUACAUGCGUUGCCUGUCUCUUCCACUCCUGGAGCAGGGAUAAAGUUCCUAAGACAGAACUUCUAAGCUUCCUCAUCAGUGUGAAAUCUUCAGCUGACACAGCUGGGAUGAAGGAUUAGAACUGUUUUCCCUUAACUAGGGAGUUCUCACUGUCAACUGACGGGGCAAAAUUUGUCCUGAUAAGGGUAACCAACUGUCCAAGUUUUCCCCAAGACCAAGGGGUUUCCUGGCUGUAGGAUGCUCAGUACUAGAAUUGGCACAGUCCUGGGUAAACCAGGAUGGUCGGUCACUUUUGUGGCACAAAUUACCUUCCAGGGUAAUCUUGAGUAGGAAGGGGUGCUGUGAAUGAUUUUCCCAAAGCCACUAUACCCCUUAAAUGAGUACUGCUAGCAGGCACAGGAAGCCAGGUGGGACAACUCCAAAAGUCACCAUAGUAUAGACAACCCUGCAGAUGUCUCAAGAGCACUUCCCAUACUGGGGCUUCCAUGAUGGUAGAUGGAAUCAAGAUAGAGGAAUCAAGGUAGAGCCCACAUGCAGAGCCUGCCAGCCAGCCUGCCCGCCCGUUAGGUGACCCUGGCUAUAUUCCAAACCACAAGCAUUAUCCUAUGAUUUGGCCACCCAUUUGACAACCACAGCUUGGCCAUAUUUCCCAGGGGCCUAGAUGGUAACCACUGGCAUCUCCCUACACACCCCCGAACACUAUCACUCACAUGGCUGGAUUCACUCUUCAUUCUUUCUUUUGAUCUCUAUCUUUGGCUGUCACGAUUUAAAGGCAUAUACACGUUAAAGAUAUCUGCUUCCUGGCUCUUCCAAGAUCAUUGUCUUGUCUUCAAAGAGCAGGGAAGUUUUAAAAUUGUAGCUGAUCCUCAGGGCAUUUUAUGAAAUACCUAAGUUUGUAUUUUGACAAUACACAUUUAGAAUUAUAAUUGGUGAUAUAAUAUGGUAUUUCCCAAGCAAAAUAUUCUCUAGAGCAGAGCUUUCACUGUAUAAUUAUUUUAAACCUGCUAGUUACAAGGACAGAAUGAACUUUAGCCACAUUCUGUGAAGUGGAGGGCUUAUCCUUCAUAAAAUUAUCAAAGACACUAAUGGAAAUGGACUCAGAUGGUGGUGCUCCAUUAACAUUAUUAUUAUUUCUAUUGUUGUUAUUUUAUUUUAUUAAGCAACUGGAAGGUAGGGAGAUAACCUUACCUUUCUGAUCUACAGUGACCUUCCACAAAGAAUUGUUACCUGUAGACAUAAAUUGGUUACAAUAGAAAAUCAGUUAAAUGCAGCGUGUCAAGUUUGUGGGCUGCACCAGCAAUUGAAGAAGGGAGAAGGCAGAUUUCGCCUCUGCUGGAGUAAUCUCACGAUGUCCCUAGGCCUUGGUACGAAUAUAAGGAGAUAAAACCGAGAUGAGCCACAAGAGGGAAAAGCUAGAGCAAUUAAACUGUUUAAUAAAUGGCUUGGGAUCAGCAAAAUCUAGAGUGCUAGAGUUAAAGAGACUAAAAGCAGUAAUCACAUGGACACUUGGGGCCUGUAAAUCUUUUCCAGUGAAUUGAAUUUAUGUUAAAAUAUUCACUUUUCAGGAGAGUCAAAAUGUAAAUUGGGAUAUUAGGACUUCGUAACUGGCAGCAAUGCCUCAAAAUUAAGAUUCUUGAAAGAGCUUCAAAAUGUUGGUUUCAGGCAGGGAAGAAAUGUAUACUAAUGUCUACAACAGAGAAAUAGAGGGGAACUAAAAUUUACUGGAUAGAUACUACACACCAGGCAAUACAGUAAGGGCUUUACACCUACUCUUUCAAAGCUCAGCAUGUUUUGAGCAGUCGGUGGUGAGUUACAAUGAUAGUUUAUAGAAUCUAUCUGGAGAUAGAUUCUGAUUAUUUGUAAAGCUUUCUCAGUUCUUAUAACCAGGGUUAAGAUGCUGCCUCCCUUAUGCUUUAUCAUUACCUUUUCUAUUAAGAUAUAUAAUGCCAUCAAUAACUUUGCAAUGUUUAACUAUUUUCCUUCAUCAAUACUCUGUUGUUCAUUAUUUUGAUUGUGUUUAUUUUUCAUUCACUUCCAGGGCUGUAUUUCUGCAGUUUUGAUUUUCAUUUGCUUCAGCCUACUAAGAAGUUUCAAAUAUAACUCCAUACUGAACAAGGGGUUUUAUGCCCUCACCUAUGACCUGGAAUAGUUUAAAUAUGAUGUUCGAGGCAACAGUACAUAAUACUGGAGGAAAACGCAAUGGAAGGUUAUUGCUAUUGUUAUUUGCCUAGAAUUUAAGUGAUUGAUUUUAAAAAAUUAGACAUAAACUAAGAUAGUCUGAGAAGAGGACUUCUGAAUAAUUUCAUUCAUUUUGCCAUUUGAUAAGAGAUUCCUGGGCUAGAAGGUUGAUUUCCCAAAAAGACAGAUAAGAGACUGAUAAUGUGACAAGAAUCUGGAGACAGAGCUGGUGCUUACAGAGACCUGCCACUCCUGUGUUCGCUUACAGUGUCUCCCAGCAAAAGGAUUUCUGUGGCAAAGAGAAAACUAGUCUAAAGUUUAGAAAAGUCUCCAGGGAAGACGGUUUCUUGGAUAACAUUGUCAACAACAGGACUUCCUGAGGACUAUUUAUUAUUAUUUCGUAGGGGGCACUUCCUCACUCACUAAAGUGGAUUAUCAGAGCAUACUACCACUCAACCCAUAUUUUAGGAAUUUGGAUUUGGCUGCUGAUUAGAAUGGAAUUUCAGGCUAUCUCCUCCUACUGAAUCUCAAUUGUCUGUGAUGAUGGCAACAGUGAUGGGGAAUCUAAGCACUGGUUUGAUGGUGGAGAUAUUGAAUAAAUAGAUGGGAGCAGAGUUCCAAAGAUAUAAUUUAAGCCCUGUUAUACCACCACCACCACCACCACACACACACACACACACACCCCUCAAGUAAAAUGAGAGAUCUGUCUUAGCUAACAUGUGUGCCGUUUUAUACAAUGACUCCUUCUAAAAGAAGCCAGGGAAACUCAAAUCACUUCUGUCUAUGGAUCAUCUCAGGAAAUGUAGUAGCCUAGAAACCAGAGACCUCUGUAUAUUCUUUGGAAGAACAAGGAGGAACUAAUUAAGAGAGAAUUAAAAAAUAGUAACUAUCCCCCACCGUCUGAGAUGGGAAAAGGAAAAAGACACAUAGGUAGCCCAAAUCAACCUGCCUGAGUAAGUAUUUGAUUUUAGUAAGGCAUUUGACAAAGCCUGUCCAACUGUACCUGAAAGAUGAAACGGUGUGGGUUGGGUGAUGGAGCAGAUACAUGUACUCAAAUCAUGGUAGUUAUUUAACCCAGAGAAAGGCCAGCUGUGGUGUGCUACAACGUUCAGUCUUGAGUCCUAUUCUGGUCAAAUAUUUUUAUUAAUUACUUGAAUAAAUCAGAGUACUUGGACAACUUAUUCAUACAACUGCUUAGAGUAAGUACUAUUAUUAUUAAUUUAUGACUUCCAUUUCACAAAAGGCGAGACUGAGGCUCAGUGAAGUUAAAUAACUCCUUCAUAGUAGCAUGCCAGACUUAAGAUGCAAACCUCAGACCUGGCUUUCCAAUGUUCCUGAUACCUAUCAAAUUUAGAGAAUAUGUAACUCUUGCAGAGGCAGCUGCUAUUUAGUAUUGGAUCACAAUUCAAAAGACACCUUGCUAGAAGCCAAUGAACAGCAGGCCAAAACAACGCUUAUUUCCAUCAAAUUUCAUCUGACUUAAAUUCUUACACUUUGGGCUACAACUUAAAAAAAAGGCUGUGACUUAGUGGAAAUUGGCACUUUUAAGUACAAUAUGAAUUAAUAGUAUAAUUUCGCUGUCCCCCAAAGAUAAUGCUAGUACCAAUUGAAAGCUCAGGGAUGCUACCGUUGACGCAUCAGCAAGAGUUCUUGAGCAGCUUCACCUGUCCAUCAGUACACUGAGUUCCCACAACAGGAGUGGGAUUCCUCUGCCUCCCUGAAGAUAUGAGAGCUGUAGGAGGGAUUCCCAUGUUGGAGGUUAGAACAGCUGACCUCCAGUGUCCCAUCUAAUUCCAAGAUUCUCCAAUAAUGAGUUUGGAACAGCUGUGGACAGACUAUACUUGGAAUUAUGGUUAGAUACUAUUGCUGCAGGAAUGGAUAGACAAAUUUGGUUUUUUAAAAAUUGAUUUUAUUACGUGGAAGUUGACAGAAUUAUCCUCUUUAUAAUGGAAGAUACAUUAUGCUUAUGCAUAUGCAUAUACAUUAUGCAUAUGAUUAUGCUUGUGCUUCCUUCUUUAAUGGAUUUACCUAUUCAAAAGCUUAAUAAAAAGUAUAAGACUCUAAAACAUUUAAAUCUUUCAUUUCUCAGUUUUAUCAAAUAAACAUUCCUGGAAUUUGUGCAUAUUUUUUCAUCCCAUGUUUUUGUUGUUUCUUCUGUAUAGACAAACACCAGACUUUUAAAAACAUAAUUUAUUUUUGUUCAGUUUGAGGCACUAGUUAUUUUAGUAAUGCUUACUUAGCCACUAGUGCUAUUCACCUAAUAUUUCUGUCUUCCAGGCAUCCAUAAUGCGGUGGCACUUCUUGGCUCUCGCAUGGCUGGAUAUGGCCAUGUGGUUAGUUCUAGCCAAUGAAUUGUGAGGGGAGGUGAUCUGUGUCACUUCUGAGCCAAGCAUUCAUUUGAUUGCCAGCAUAAGACCCUCCAAAUUUCUUUCCUUUUUUUUUUUUGUUGUUUUGUUUUUUGAGAUGGGGUCUCACCAUGUGGCCUAGGCUGGUGUGCAGCAACUAUUCACAGGUUAUGAUCAUCACACACUGCAGCCUCAAACUCCUGGUCUCAAGCAAUCCUCCUACCUCAGCCUCCCAAGUAGCCAGGACUACAGGUGUGCACCACCACAUCUGACUCAAAUUUCUUUUUACUUUUCCCUCGGUUCCAGUGACCAGGAGUGUUUAAGAUGAUCCCAGAAUGAGGAGAUGUAGAAUAGAAUUCCUGGAUGACAUAUGAUGAAGGUGUGGUGGAAGAGAGAAGUAAAACUUUAUUGUUUUAAGCCGCUAAAGUUUAAGAUGAUCCCAGAAUGAGGAGAUGUAGAACAGAGUUCCCGGAUGACAUAUGAUGAAGGUGUAGUGAAAGAGAGAAGUAAAACUUUCUUGUUUUAAGCCACUAAUAUUUUGAGGUUAUUUGUUACUAUAGUGUAACUAGUCUAUCCUGACUGCUACCAGGACACAUAAAACACACACCUGCACUAUCCAACGUGGGAGCUACUAGGAACAUGUGACCAUUUAUAUUUACAUUUGAAUUAAUUAUUAAAUUAAAUUUAAAAAUCAGUUUCUCAGUCAAUGUUCAAUAGCUCUGAGGCUGGUGGCUGCCAUAUUGCAUGAUGCAGCUACAGAACAUUUCUAUUAUUGCAGAAAGUUCUAUUGAACGGUGCUGACAUAGAGUGUCAGGAUUUAUGUGAAAGAUGAUAGUGAUGUCUUCUAACAUUUCUUGAUAUUUUAAGUGUGCAUUUAAUACCACCUUGAAGUUAGUCUCGAAAGGUUUUGCCUUUUAAAAAUAAAAUCUCUGAGAGCCUCCAGUGGAUGCUGGAAGAAAAUAAAUCACUCUGAAAAGUUACGCUUCUUAGAACCAAAUAACUCAGAAGGUCUUUUCCUGAAGGUUACAUUGACAGAGAAGAUGAACACCUUUUGUUUAGUUUUGACACUUUUCAUUAAUAAAUUCCGAGGGCAGUUUUAUUUUGGUCCAUCCUCCCUGAUUUUCUGCAUGUUUUCUACUUCUAACUCUUCUCUAUCCCUAAGUGGGUUGAUGUGCACCUGAUGUAAGAUCUCAUGUGCUCAGUAAUGAAAUCAUCCAAGUUUAUUAUCAUCCUUGUACACAAUUGUUUCUAUUGUAAGAACUAUUAAUAUCAUUGGAUAUUACAAGAAAAUCUUGUAAGUAGACCAAAAUGGAACUAAGAUAUAAAAUAAUCCUUCUCAUUAAUUAUUCAACAAACAUCCAGGCAAUAGAAAUACAAAGAUUAACAGUUUCCCCAAGGAUCAUAUAGUCUAAUGGAGAGUUAGCUUUAAAUAAAUAUAAGAUCCAAUGACAACAUAUCAAUCUACCCUGUCACAGAAGAGAUGAUGUAGGCUUUGUCUUGAAGGGAGAGUGUGCCAGGCAGACAAUUGAAGGGAUAAGAAGAUCCCCAAUGUAAGGGUGUUAUAGAAAGGACAGGAGCUGGGAGAGGUGACAUGAACCUGUAUUUCCAGCUACUCAGGAGACUGAGGUAGGAGGAUCC